ACGCUUUUGAUGGCGAGGAUCCUCUUGAUAAGUAUAAGGUCUACGUAUUAGGUAUUCUCAGAGGGCACGUUACCAAGUAAACAGUGAUAGUCGUAUUGCCUGGUUCAUGGUUGAUGCUUGAGACGCACGUGAACUCGGGGCGGUUUCAUCGGCCAAGCCCAAAUUCCGCGGGCGGCGGCGGUCACACUGCAGUGCCACUUGAAUCGUGUGCCAGUCACACACAUUAUUUGUACUGCGCUGCGUAUGGUGCUGUGCCAGUGCGACAACUUGCCCGCCGCCCCGUUUUAUUUUGUUGCUAGCCCGCUCUUCAAGUUCAUCUCUGCGCAGUCUCUCUACAAGGGCAGCCUGCUUGUCUGACUCACUGCCACUGUGCACUGUCGCCAGAAGCAUACAGACCAUGGCUGACUCUCAAGAAACCCCCAAGGUCGACGCUCAGGAAGCCCCCAAGGCUGACCUGCCCACCCGCGAGAAAGAACCCAAGACCAAGGCUGAGAAGAAGAUGCAGGCCAAGAACAAACCUGAGAAGCCGAUCGGCAAGGCAGAGGCCAAACUGCCUCAGGGCGGGAAGGCAGGCAAGGCCAAGAAGAAGAUGGAAGGGGCAGCAUUGAUCGGUAUCGACGUGUCCAAGGAUGUCGACUUUUCCGAGUGGUACCAACAGGUCUUGCUGAAGGGCGAUAUGCUCGACUACUACGACAUUUCGGGAUGCUACAUCUUGAAGCCGGCGUCGCAGUUCAUCUGGGACGAAAUUCGGGCGUGGUUUGACGCCAAAAUCAAGCAGAUGGGCGUCAAGAAUUGUUCGUUCCCGCUGUUCGUUUCCGAGGAUGUAUUGAACCGGGAAAAGGAGCACAUUGAGGGUUUCGCAGCCGAAGUUGCUUGGGUCACCCACGGCGGCAGCACAAAGCUCGAGAAGAAGAUCGCCAUUCGCCCGACUUCCGAAACCGUCAUGUACCCUUACUACGCCAAAUGGAUCCAGAGCUACCGCGACUUGCCUCUAAAGCUCAAUCAGUGGAACUCGGUCGUCCGAUGGGAGUUCAAGCAUCCUCAACCGUUCCUACGAACGCGGGAGUUCCACUGGCAAGAAGGCCACACUGCACAUUUGACCGAGCAGGAAGCGGGCAAAGAAGUCCUAGAGAUCUUGGAUCUGUACGCUGCUGUCUACGAAAAGCUUCUGGCCGUCCCAGUCAUCAAGGGCAGAAAGACGGACAAGGAGAGGUUCGCGGGAGGUCUGUACACCACUACCGUGGAGGGCUACAUUCCGGCCACGGGGCGGGGCAUCCAGGGCGGGACGUCGCACUGCUUGGGACAAAACUUCAGCAAAAUGUUCGGCAUCACCGUUCAAGAUCCUAAUGCGAAGACUGAAGAGGAGAAGAAGAACAACCUGUACGUCUGGCAGAACUCGUGGGGUCUGUCCACUCGUACCAUUGGUGUCAUGGUCAUGAUCCAUGGAGACGAUCGAGGCCUGGUUCUCCCACCUCGUGUCGUUGAGACGCAGGUGGUGAUUGUGCCUGUCGGAGUCACAGCGAAGAUGUCUGAUGAAGAGAAGCAGGCCUUGUACAAGGAGAUUGAAGGACUGAAGGAAGUGCUCAAGGCUGUCAAUGUCCGCGUGGAGGCUGACUUCCGUGAGGGAUACUCUCCAGGCUGGAAGUUCAAUGAUUGGGAGCUGAAGGGUACUCCGCUGCGUCUUGAGUUCGGCCCGGGCGAGAGCAAGGGUCACUUCGUGACGGCUGCUCGACGAGAUCUCCCCAAGGAAGAGAGCAAGAGCCAGAUUGCCAUCAGCGAGCUGAACACGGCUGUGCCUCAACUGUUGGAUACCAUUCAACAAGACCUCUACGACCGCGCUAAUGCCAAGUACAAAUCCCACAUCAAAAAGAUCACGGACUGGGAGGAAUUUGUGCCGGCACUCAAUGAGAAGAAUGUCAUCCUCCUGCCCCAUUGUCUGACGGAGGAGUGCGAAGAUCAAAUCAAGGACCUGAGUGCACGCAAGGCAGAGGAACAGAGCGGUGUUCCGCAGGACGAGCGGGCUCCAAGCAUGGGAGCCAAGAGUCUCUGCAUUCCAUUUGAGCAGCCUGAAGGCAUCGAGAAGGGCGUGACCAAAUGCGGGAACCCCAACUGCUCGAGAACUGCCGAGGCCUGGUGUAUGUUUGGUCGUUCGUACUAGAUGAGAGCAAAGGAGAUGAUACGAAAAGUGGUUGCCGCCGGAGUCUAGGGCAUUCAAUUCGGCAGAGGAGAUUCAGUAGCAUGAGUGAGAUGAUGAUGACAAUACGUUGACUUGCCUCGAGAUACCAUUAACAUCUGCUUGGUUGAGCACUGGCGCAUGAUCAGGAUCAAGGUCCAUUGCUAGUAUUCUCUUGCUUAUCGCGUCUGUCCUGAUAUGCAACCAGCAUCAUAUCGACUGUUUCAUGCUUGCUCCCUGCAUCUAACACACAGUGGCCAAUAACAGAAGGAGAUGUUGUUGCUCAACGUUAUCAGACCUGCUUGGCUGAGGGUUGGGAGGCAUGAUGAUACGCUCAGAAGCGUAGACCUCUCGAUCGCGAUACGUUGACACGAGUAGGUGACUCGCAGCAACCUGCUGGCGUAAAAGGGACGAUAAGGUGGGAGGCGAGCCGGCGUCGGCUGAAGUGCAAAUCACGAGCACGAGAUGACUUCUGGACGCAAGAAAUGGGCUGGAUUGGACGAGCAGAAGCAAGGACUGGAUGGUAGCACUGUAGUCGUAUCUAUGGGCUCAUUCGGGGUGGAUGUUGGGUGAUGGCUCGCCUGCGCUUCUGCUCUCAGCCAGUGUCAGCAACGCAACCGCCAACGUGCCCGGCGAACUUCUACUAAAACGGCCCCUCGUUCUCCAUCUCGCAACUUUC